ACGCUGUGCACGCUCUCGUCCUGUCGUCGCAACCCGGAAGAGACGACGGAGGGAAGCAGCCUCCACGUCACGGAGGUGUAACAUCGGCGUCAGUGCAACACAAGGUGCUACCUCAGUAGGAUUUCGGUACCAUUGUACGAUCUCAGCCGUCCUCAUGUAGGUUUUUUUUUUUUUUAACAACUCGCAUGACCGCCGCACAGAGAAGAAACACACCAGCUUCCUCUGCACUGAGCGGCCUCGGGAGAGACUGUGGGUCCGACUAACGUACGUGUUCCAGAUGGGUGAAUCGGGCUCACGCCGUUCCACACUUGUUUCCCGCCUGCCGAUCUUCCGCCGCAGCAGCAGCAAGAGGCAGGAGUCUCUCCCUUCCUCUCCGUCUUCAGGCGGAGUUGGAAAUGGUGUCCACAGCUCCUCGCCAUCCAGCACUAACUCCAGCUCUGGCAGCACCGGGAAACGGCGGAGCCUUUUCCGCGCUCCAUCUCUCAGUUUCACAGCUAAACGGAAUAGUGAGCCACGUGUCCAGCCUAUAAACCUGAACCUCACACCUCCGCUGUCACAGGGCACUGACACAAACGGAAAUAACCAGCAGACGAUCCCGACCUCCGUGUCAACAGGGUUCAGUGAGGGUGGAGGACGCCCCAAGUCACGCCACUCAUUUGGGUUUGGUAGCCACAAGAAGAAAAUCACCCGCUCCCAGACUGAGGAUUUUGAAAAAGGGUCUUCAUCCUCUUCCACAACCAAUCGAAAUGUGUUUAUAAACUGCAUCAGCAGCUCAGGGACCAAUGAGGGCGACGACUCUGGGUUCCUCGAUGACUACAGCGGUGGCAGUAACAAACGGUCAUCACGCCAGAAGAAACAGCUACUGCCCAAAUCUUUCUCCGCUCACCACCGCUUCUCCCGGACCUCUGAUCACCACCGCCCUCCUGAGGUGAAUCUGGAACCUCCAAGCUCCACCACCAUCACUCCAGGGGCAGGAGGGCUCACACCGGGGUCGUGGCCAGGAGAGCUGCUAGGAGCUGGUGGUGAGAGCUCACUGCAGUCGCCGAUGAUAUCAGAGGACCGAACUACAGCCAUCACCCCGUCAGAGUUCAUCCCCAUUACGGAGGAUUCUGUAUCGGAGGUGGAUGCCCUGCCAGUCCCCAGUCCUGGAUCUGGAUUAGACCCAGGACCAAACUCCAUGCCAGGGCCGGCUACUGACACAGCUCCACCUGACCCUCCACCUGCUCCAGAGAACUUCAGCGUGGCGGUCUCUACCUCCCAGGUUUUCUUCACUCCUGCCGAGUCUAGCACUGACAAACCUUUACUCCCCGACACCAGCACAGCCAACAACACUGAUUAUGAGACUGCCAUUUCCCUCUCAGAGCCCGAAACAGCUGUCCCCUGCCUACCUCUGCAGGAACAAUCACUGGAAGAGAGGAAGGAGAGGGAGGAGGAGAGAAAGGAAGCAAAGGAAGUGGUGUCUGUAGAGCAGAGGAAGGAGUUGGUGGAGAAAAGGAAGGCAGGUUACCACACAGAGACCACGAGCGAGAGCGAGGCGGCUGUGGUACGCAGUGAGGGUUGUCACUCCAACCCAGAGCAAUCAGAGAGGAGGGCAAGAAACACACUGUCUGUUCAAGAAAGAGGAAGCUUCUGUGGCUGCCACGAGCCGAGGUCCUCUCACUUGAGGAAACCACAUGCAGCUUCUCUGUGUAGCAGUGUCAGCCCCUAUCACGAGGUGAUGCGGAUGGAAAGGCGUCUGCGCUCCUCAUCUGAGGGGGCUGGUGGGCCUCGUAUCCAUGGAAACCACAGAGAUGCCCCCAGCAUGGAGGGAUGUGGUCUGCUCAAACACAGAAACAAUUCCUCAUCAUCCAAACUGGGAAGUCUGGAUGUUUUAAACAACCUGGGCUCCUCAGAGCUGGAUGAAGACGAUCUCAUGUUAGACCUGGACCUCUCUGACGAUCAGCGCCAUCGACAUGUGUCCAGAGAAGACUCCAGCCAGUCCCUCGCCUCCUGUCUCAACCUACUGCCCUCUCCAAUGGAUCCAUCAGGUGAUCGUGUCCCAGGAGGGAAGGAAAACAACCAGAGGGAGCCUAGCCGUCCAACCAGCCUGCUGCCUGCUGACUGGAGCUCGGGGCUGGGUUUGGGGAGGGAAGACGAGCCCUUGCCGCCGGGGCUGGAAACCCUUCCGCUCAGGCUGAUGCAGCAGGACUGCACUGCUGUCAAAACCCUGCUUUUAAGGCUGAGACGGACACUGCAGGAGAGCGCAGAGACGAGUCCUGCCAGCAGCCUCCAGUCUCUACCCAUCAGCCCUUGCAGUGAAAAGUCCCUUCCUUUUAAGGAUCCCGGCAGGGAGGAGGCCUUGCUGCAACAACUGAGAGAGAAAGAUGAAGUUAUUCUCAGACUCCAGAGUGAACUGGAGAGUGCCAAAGCUGCCCUGAAGAUGAAAGACUGCCAAAUGACUGACCGCACAACACAGACAGAACACAUGGGGACAGAGACCAGCCAUCCAGGCCGGUGGUCAGGACUAGGCAGCAGCAGCCUGGCACCAAGGGACCGAAGGGCAGUGCGGGUGGGGGCAGCACUCGGAGGGGACCACUCUAACCAGCACCACCCGCACCACUAUCCCCCUCUGCACGGCCGGCCUCCUGCAUCAGAGCGACACGCUGCCAGGGAGGAGCGGCGCUGCCAGGGGGCCUUGGCACAGUCCACGGCCCAUAACCCUGCCCCGAAUCUGGGCGCCGGCUCCUCCUGCCUGUCCUCUGCCACUUCUGCAGUGUCAGCUCAAGCCUCGGCCAUCCCUACAGCCCAGCUUCAAGUUUCAAAUCAAUGCCCAGGCUCCGCUUCAGCAGCUGCUAAUCACACCGCAAUCCCAUCUCUGUCCUCCAGGCAGCCGGAGGGGGUGUCCUCCUCUUCUGAGUCCUUAACUCAAGGAGGAGGAGGAGGAGGAGCUGGAGCGAGUCUGUCAGGUGGGGUAAGGAGAGCAGGGGGAGAACACCAUCCCCCGAGUCAAAUCCCCCGUGCAAUCGGGGCUGGCUCCUCCUCAAGCCUUCACAGUCUUGCAAGCAGAGGGAGCCCCUCUCCAAGCAUCUCAUCGUCCGUCCAGGCCUCCCCUCCGCCCCCUACUCCUUCCUCAGCCUCCUCUUCCUCAUCGUCCUCCUCAUUCACUGGUCGUUUAGGACAGCCACCUCGGGGCCCUCUGUCUCUGCACAGCUACAGUCGUAAAAACGUCUUCCUCCAACAUUCCCUACACACUUCGGAGCUGCAAGCUCUGACGCAGAGAGACAGUUGAGGACACACGGACAUGUACUCCAUCCCAUCAGCAGGCAGCCAUGUUGACUCUGUAGAAAAACUGCUGCUCCCUUCGGUACAAGUUGCUCGUGUCCCAGCUCCCCUGGAAUCAUCAACCACACGUGCUUACAAUCACGUCAGUUACCAUCCGAACUUUUGCUGGUAUUUUGUUCAUGGAUUUUUCACGCUUAAACACACACACACACACACACGCCAGACUGCAAGUAUGAAAAAGGCACUCACCCGUCUAUCAGAACUCCCACACUGUGUCACGCUGACAGUUUAGAUGUGCUUACGCCCACAGACACACAAAGUGCACACAGACUCACAACCUCACAUAUGCGCAUACACACACUCACACACAGACACACACAGAUCUUGUGACAUGCACUCUCCCACAGAGACGUCAUCUGUGAUAUCUCUGCCUCACACUCUACUGUACACAAAUGACAGGGUGGUGAAGUGUUUUCAUAGAGAACGACGUAAUUUCUUAUCAAUUUAUUUGUUCAUUUUUACCAGUUGAGACCACGUGCUGCUUCAGGAAGUAUAGGACUGACUGUGAUUUACGCCGGUAAAGGAUUUAUUCUCACAUUGCCAAACAUCAGACGAACUCUUCAUUCCUCAGCAGAAGUCCAGAUAUAAGAAUACUAUGUUUAGAUGAACGUCCUCCACACCACGACCCCUCUCCUGCAUGCUUUUUAAAAAAUUAAGGGAAAAUACAGGUGAGUAUUUUGUACUGCAACAGAAGCGGGAGACUUUUAAUGAUAUUUCAGCGUCAGCUCUCAUCUCAGUGUUUCAAGAAGGGAAUGUAGACUAGAUGUUUACCCUCCUCCUCCUCUUGAUAAGGCAUUAAUGUACAUCUGGCUCGAUACUGGACCACUGUUUCUUUUUUUUUUUUUUUUGUAGAAAUACAAUGUUACAAUAUAACCGUUAUUAUAUACAAGAAUCAAUGUGUUCUACAAUGUUAGAUUAGUACAGUACGGAGGUUGGAAUGAGGAGUUUCAUUCUAAAAUGAGAUAUCUGCCAAUUGAGUAGGCUCAAAAAUGACAUUUAACAAACUGGCACUCGCUUUUACUAAAUAAAAACACUUCAGACAAUGAGACUGAGCAGAAGAAGAAAAAGCAGCAUUGUGUAUUUUCUUCUUUCUAAGUAUCAGGUUUUUGGAAUGAAACCCUUCAAGUCUUCUGUCGGGCUGGGUAUUGAACAGGGAUACUUACUGGUGCUUUGCUGUAUGACAGUGUCAAUAACCAUUUUUAGGAUUCAAAAGGAAAAAAAAAAAUGUUUCAAAUAGCGGCAUUACAGUCACAUUUUCUAUGACAAUUUUACCGAGGCAAUCAAUUGCGGAGAGUCUGAUUCUGCCUCGGGGGGGGAGACAAACACGACAGAACUUAUAUUGCACAGAAAGCUGUUUACUUGAUCAAAUAAUGAAAAGAAAGAAACAGAAAACGCGUUUUUACAAGCGAGUCCAUUUGUAAAAGCGUGAGCACUGAGAUUUUGCUUUCGCUGGCACCCAGUCCUUAAACGUACGUUAGCCUUCUGUCAUCCUCCUGAUCUCAGAUGUGUCGGCUAUCUUUUUAAACAACCGACAUAACGAGAUGGAGGUUGGUAUAAUAAGGCAAUUAUGUUGUUUCGGACAGUGGGCUGACAGCUUCCCUUUCGAGUGAGAUUUACAUAAACUGUAACUGCCAUGAGUCCAACAACAUCAUUCACACGUUGGCGAAGAAACGUGUCACAAUUUAAUAGGUGAGAAAACCCACCGUUCUUUUUCUUUUUGUAUACAUAUGUGAACAACUGGACUACAUAGCACGCUGCUCAUUCUGCCACUGCUGAAUAGAUUUCUUCUCGCUGAGCUGACUAGACUGUCGAAACAGCCCUCCUCUUUUCCCCAUUGGCUUUAAGGUAAACAAAUCUUAUAAUGUCAACCGGGAGGUGGGAGCACCGCCGCUGAGCACAGGCCAGAGGUUCACAGCUCCCGGCGUCGACAGAAAAUGUUAGAUUUUGGAGAAGUUGUUGACCUUGUCUCUCACUAAACGGCACCUGGCUGUAGGGAAGUUGUGUGUGUGUGUGUUCUAAUACACACCUCAUGAGACAACGGCCUGGUUGAAGUGAAAGAAAGCCUGAAGGAAAGACAGCGCAACGCCCACUGGUGGAGGCUGCAACUCUCCCCCUGGUCCACUUCGUUUGCUCACUAUUUCCUCUCUUUUUAUCCACCUUUUUCUCUCUGUCCUUUUACUCUCUCGCCUCAUUUCUUCCUUCACCCUGUUUUCUUCUUUUUCCAUCUAUCUGCUCCCCUUCUUGCUGUCCCCCGGCGCUGCUACCUAUAAAACUCAGUAGCUCCUCAUGCUUUUUCAAAUCCGUUAUCUUCCCCCUCCCUUUAUGCCUGCUUAGCUUACUUACUCACAGCUUAUAUUGUCAAACACUGUAUCUAUUGCGGACUCGGUUGCGGUGGCUCGCCUCAGUCCUGGGCAUUGGGACGUGCGGCGCUGCUGAUUUUCAUUCCAGCUGUCUAAUCAGGGAAUAAUUUUACACCUGGUGAAUGCAAUUAACUUCGUGGUAGGGUAGACGGCCGGCAGUAAUGUGGCUCCCGAGGAUCUGGACCGAGAACCGCAGCUGUAACGCCAACUUAACACUCCCCGCUCGGUUUGUUUACAGGCGGAGGGUGUCGGUGUUUUGUCGCUGGCUGACCUCUUAAGAACUUCUAUUUACAUCCCCCGUCAGUGCACGCAUCAUAAUGCAGUUGACACCAUGUGAAAUGUCGUAAGGGAGUGUUUGGCCCCGUUUGCACUGCCCACUCAGAUUUUUUUUUUUUUAUUCUCGUGUCAGGCAGCCGCGCUCCUUUUUCAGUCGUGCUCAGAUUGGGAAAAAAGACGACAAAAAACCCCACAAAAGGUAGUUUGGCGGUUAUGUCACAUAUCAUGAAAGGGGGUUCUGAGUUGGAGGUCUAAAUGUGAAACUGCACCGCUGCGUUUGAAAGACAUUACUGCCCGUCAAACUGCGAGACUGAAGCAGUGGCGCUGGGGAAAGCAGGGACCGCGAUCAUGAAGUCGGCACACCUAACAAACCUCAAUUUUUCACUCUACUUAGCAGCAUGUUGUGCGUUCGGGACACUACGCUUCAUUUGUUGGGAAGUUAUUUAUUGUUUCCUGCCUUAUUUGUAUUUAUUGCCAUAGAAACAGUUUCCUAAAAGGCAUCUUGGCACUAACAAACAAAGAUAGCAGCAAGAGUAAUAAUAAUAAUAAUAAUAAUAAUAAUAAUCAUGAUGUUACUGUUAUAAUUUGAACGAAUCACCAGUCACGAUGCCGUCGUAGCUUUUAAAAUGUGCUUACUGUGAUUAUGUUUGUUUUCCUUAUGAAUUGCUGUAAUGAUGAAAUCCAAACUGUAUAACUGUACAUAAAUUAUUAUAACUGUUGCUGUUCACCGUUUCAUGAACACAACGGUUUGUUUUUUUUUCGUGCUCAUGAAAGUGACACUGAAGAAUAGAGUCCACACACACACACACACACACACACACACACACACACACACACACAUUGUUUGUGGCGCACUGCAAAUUAAAAAAACAACAAAAACAACACAAGUGAAGACUUCGGAGGUCUGAGCUGUUGCCAAAGGCUGUAGCUGCACAUCGCAGAACAAAUCUGACCAACUCGCUAGAUUUUACACAUAAAGGCCAGUCGACUCACUUCUAGACGUCGGGCAGCUGAUCCAACCUUCCCCUUCUCUUUUAAAUCCAACCUUUGCACUAUGACUAUUUCCGCUUGAGAUUCUUUUGCUGUGUCAGAAAAGUGGACGAUGGAUGAUAAUAACCUGUUAAAGCUGCUUAUUUGAUUUUAUUUUUAUUUUUUUUAUUUAUUUAUUUUUUUUUUCAGUUCACAAUGAAAGCCUGUGUCUUAGUCUAUAAAGCUAUCGGGUAGACUCUUACUGUGAGCUGCUGACCUGUCGAGGAAUACAAAAGAAAAAAUGAAAUCUUUCUCCACAGAGUUGCGUUUCACUUUUCACUGACUUCUGAACAGUUCUGAAGUUUUGUCUGUCUGAUGAGAAAAUGUUUGAUGGGCUUAUCUGCGGUCAGAAAAAAAAAAAAACCUCGCAGCGUGUGUUUACCCAAAAUCUUUGUCUUCAGUUUCUGUCCGAGAUAGUUUUCUUGUCACUCUCACAGAUGUUUGUUCACACAAGAGCUGUUUUAUCAAAAGAUUUUUUGUCCACUGUGUCCUUAUUGUUAAUAUUUAAUACAAAUAAAAUUGAUGAAAACA